AUGGCAUUCGUCCAGCUAAACGACCUUCAGCGAAAGUCAUUAAAUGAAUUAUUCGUUCACAUAAAACACUUUAAUAAUAAAUUCACUACAUCUGUUCUUGAUAAAAAUUUAACAAAUAACUUUCUUGAAAACAUGAAAUCCACAUCAAUUAGUUUGGUAAAAUAUUUCAUUUAUCAAUCUAGAAUGACUGUAGAUGCUAAAACAUUCAAGAAUUUACGAAAUGAAAAUGAAGAAUGGGAUGAAGAAGUAAAAAAAUUUGUAAAGUAUGUGGGAUUAUUGGCUAAAGUGGAUAAAAACACGGUGGAUAAGAAUACUUUAAUUAAAGAUUUUUAUCGACACGUCAACAGUGAAUCAUUAGUUGAGGAUAAUAAAAGUGAGAAUAGAAAUGACGAGGAAUUGGGAGGAGAAGGAUAUAGCGAGAGAGAAGUUGUUGGAGACUGGAUAGAUAAAGAAUGGAGAAUAGGAUAUGAAAAAGAUUUUAAAAAAUCGAAUAAUUUAAAUCAACGAAAAUCAGAUAAAUCCGAUAAGUCAGAUAUAAAAGGUUGGGUACCAAAUAAAGAAAUGGAUAAUCAGCUAAAAGAAACAGUAAGAUUAGUUAAGAAUGAAUUAAGAAAAAAAAGAGCUGAAAGAUUAUAUAUACAAGAUGAUAUAACAAAAGAAAAAGAAAGAUCAAAAAAGAAUUUCAGAAAAGAAAAAAGAAACCUCGUCACAAUUAAAAAAGAAGAUGCAGAAACUGAUGAUUCUAUUGAAGGGCGACCCACCAUUCACAAACAGAAAAUAAAUAGAUCAUUAUUGGCACCACAAUUAUUUGAGUCUGAGGAAGAAUCAGGGGAUGCAAUGAAACAACUUGUAAAUACACAAAAGCAAGAUUUUUCAUCGAAGAAGUUUGACGAGAAAAACCUUGAGAAUGAACGUAGAUGA